AUGUCGUCAGUGCCGCCGUACUACCCGGAGGGCUGGGACCGCGACCGCAUGCUCAACAGCGGCGCUGCCGACGACAUGGAGGGGCUCACCCCGGAGAACAUGUCCGCCUUCCGCGAUGGUCUGCGGGCGGACGUCGGCGACGAAGAGUACGAAAAGUUCUUUGACGAGAUGUGGACGCGGGAAAAGCGUGCCAAGGGUAUCGCGGACCCGCCCCCGUCCGAGCCCCUGUUCAUGCAGGCCAUGAGGCUCAUGGAGGAGCGCCGCGGUCCGGAGUCGCGCUGGGACCCGUGGGGGUUCGUCGUGUUCAAGAGCCCCGAGAUCCGGGACGAGGCGGAGUGGGCUGCCUGCCGGGAGCGGUUCGACUUGAUCCUGAAAGAGUCGACGGACCUUUACAAGGGGUUCGAUGGCCUCGAGGAGUGCCUAUCACGGAUGAAGUUCCGCUGGGUAGAGGACGUGACCGAAGGCGACGCAGGGUUCGAUGGAAUUGCUCGCCUAUACUCCGCAAUGUCCGACAACCUGCCCCCCGGCCUCGCCCACAGCGUCUGCCUCUACAUCACCCCGCCCGCCCUGCGCUCCGUCCUCGACUCCCGCCUCCCCUCGUCGGGCAAGCGCCAGUACCGCAGGGAGAUCCCCUACGCCGUCGCCGUGUCCGCCAAGGCGGCCGAGCCCGUCGACCCGCAGGACGUCGAGGACGACGUCGCGGGCGCCGACUGGCGCGGAUACUUCAACGUGGCGCUCGAGUCGCUGCUCGAGUCGCUCUUCCCGACCGUGGCCAGCGGCUCGCGGACGCCGUUCGAGAUGGCCGGCCACGUCGAGGGCGAGGACGUCUGGUGCGACGGGUACCGGUGGGGGGUGCACAAGACCGGGAUAGGGUACUGGGACAGGAGGACGCAGCAGCCUGGGACCGGGCUGUGA